AUGGAGAGCUCUCGAGCGCUGGCUUUGCUGGGAGCCGCUUUAGUGCUGCUGCUGGGCGUCCGCGGCCAGGAGGAGACGGAGCUCCAGCCGCGAGCCCUGGACCUCUACUCCGCCGUGGAGGACACGUCCCACGAGAAGGAGCUGAUUGAGGCUCUGCAAGAGGUCCUGGAGAAGCUGAAAAGCAAAAGGCUCCCUCAUUAUGAGAAGAAGUAUGGCCAAGUCCCGAUGUGUGAUGCCGGAGAGCAGUGUGCAGUGAGAAAAGGAGCCAGGAUUGGAAAGCUCUGUGACUGUCCCAGAGGAACAUCUUGUAACACUUUUCUGUUGAAGUGCUUGUAAAGAAGUACCCCCUCCCUGAACCACAGGAGAACAAAGACGGAUCCUGUUGCCUUGCCUGAAAAGUAAUGCCUGUGAUACCAUGGGGUGGGUGGGGCAG